CGUUGUUUCCUUUACCAAAAAACGCGCCGCGGCGUGUGUUUGUACAGUUCCCGAGUUUCAGCCCCAAUGUGGCUUCACAUGAAUCUGGUUCACAUCCACACCAGGAUAGACACGCAGUGAAUCGGCAGGUUCUCCGUAAAGCAGCGGUCGCUCUCCGUCAGAAUGAGCGACGACACGGACUCUCCCCCCGAGAGGGAAAUGAAGGAUUUUCAGUUUCGUCAGAUGAAGAAAGCAAGAGUUUUUGCACCUGCUGGGGAUUUGCCUGAAGAAAGAUCCACUCUGCUCGCCCUCUCAAAUAAAUAUGGCUUAUGUUUUGUUGGGCUCAACAGAACAUUCAAAGUUUACCUGACACAUGAUAUACUGGCUGCUGAUAGAGUUGAUGGAACCUCCAAUGAAAUAGUCAAUGGAAUACCAGUGUUGGCAGAGGUGACGGUGGAACUGGCUGUGCACCACUUGGCUCUCAGCUGUGAUGAACUUACAUUGUCAGUAUGUGGCGUCUCUGAGGGAGGGGGGUUAUUCCUCACUUUCUACGAUGUCCGCACCUUCAUUAACAAGGCGAAACAACAGAAGUUACCUUUUGCAUCACUGCAGGCAGCCGUAUCCUCUGGCACUGUGGUGCAGGACCUGAAGUGGAAUCCCGCCCAGGCGUCCACUGUGGCUGCCUGUCUGUCUGACGGCAGCAUGCUGAUUUUGGAUGUGACAGACGGUGUCAAAGUGCAGGCACAGCUACCAGCAUCGAGUGGCAUCACAUGCCUAAGCUGGAGUCCGAAAGGAAAACAAGUCGCUGCAGGAAAAAUGAAUGCCACAGUCAGUCAGUACACACCAGCACUAGAGGAAAAGAAGGUGAUCCCAUGUCCACACUUCUACAGUUCUUCCCCUGAUGAACCGGUCAAAGCUCUGGAUGUGCUCUGGCUGAAAACCUUUGUGUUUGCGGUGGUAUACGCUGCUGCGGAUGGAUCCCUUGAGACUCCUCCCGAGCUCGUGUUGAUCUCCCUCCCUAAAAAGGAUGAGAAGGUGGAGACGAAGUAUCUAAACUUUAGUGACACGGUGUACGGCAGCUGCACUGAACGACUGCACCACUACUUCCUGAGCCAUGUAGAGGACUGGGACCUUGUGUUUGCGGCAUCAGCAGCUUCCAUUGAGGUCAGCGUCAUAUCCAGACAAGACGACAAGAUAUGGGAACUUUGGAUCCUGGAAGAUGCAAGUCGGGCUGAGCUUCCAGUGACUGGGACAAAUGAAGACACUCUGCCGCUCGGCUUCGCCAUAGACUACACCAGCCAGCAGGAUAUCUGGAUCUCUGAAGAGAAGACCUUACCACCAGCGCCCACAAUGCUCAUUCUAUCCACAGAGGGUUUACUCUGCCCGUUUGCGCUGCUCAAUCUCAACCCUGGUGCGAAGCAGCUGGUCUCAGGCCCCAGCCCGCUCCCCCUGGAGGGGGAGAGACUGCCCAAGCUAGGUUCUGUGGCAGCCCAACCACCAAAAGCUGCUGCCUCCUUCCCAUCUGCCCCAGCCGUGUUCCAAAACCUCGGCCUAACAUCAGCAGCUGCUCCCACUCCUGCAGCUCCCGUUGCCUCUUCCGCCGCUGCUCGGUUCGGCUUUGCUACGACGGCUCCUGUUACAACGUCCUCGUCGGCCUUCUCUUUCUCUGUCCCAUCUACCGGCGCCCCCUCAGCCCCUUCAGCUUUCUCCCUGGGGGGAUCCACGCCUUUUGGCUCAGGAUCCGCAGGCUUUUCCUUUGCCUCCAAACCUCCCUCUGAUACUCCCUCAGCACCUUCUGCAUUUUCCAUCAGCACCCCUUCCAUCAAACCGUCAGCGGUAGCAGCUCCAGCACCUCACAGCCUUACUGCCGCCUCCCCACUCACAGUGAAAAUGAAUCUGAAUGAGAGGUUUUCAGCAGUGGAGACCCCAGCACAAGCCCCACAGUCUUUGUCCUUCACUUCUCCAAUACCCAAACCAGUUGUCUCCAAUUCCAGUAGUUUGACCGCCCCUCCACUCGCAGUUGCUAAGCCACCAGCUGUACUUACCCCAGUGCGUCCAGUUCAAACCAGCAUGCCGCCCACAGUUGUCCAGAAACCAACUCCUGCAGCCCAAAGCCGAAUCCAAGCUCCACAGACCCCUGUGGCACCUGUGAAGGCCGUGGAGAAGCAGCCACAGCAAAAGAAAGAGUCGGAUCACAUCAUGGCCGCUAUAUUUGAAGAGAUCGCACACUUCCAGCAGGAGUUGGAUGACCUUAAGGCAAGAAGCGCAAGAGCUGAUUUCAAGGUUGGCACCAACGAGGAGAUGAAGGAGUUGAGGAAGGAGUCAGAGGACCUACAUAUUUUCACGCUGGAGAUCAAGGAAACUACAGAGUCUCUCAAUGGGGAUAUUGGGACUCUGAAGACCACCUUAUUGGAAGGCUUUGCUGGGGCAGAAGAAGCCAGCACCCAGAGUGAGCUGAGCAAAGAUGACAAUAACAGACAGCUGCUUUACAAAAAACCUCUGGACCCGCGCAGUGAGGAACGACUCAAGGAGAUUCGCAGACUCUACCAGUACGUCACAUUUGCUGUGGAAGACGUCAACGAUGUGUUGAAUGUGGAAUGGGAGAAACAUCUGGAGAAGAAGAAAAAGUUGAAACACAUGUCCGUGCCAGGGCGUGAGGGUCUUUUCACAACACUGGCCAACAACCUGUACAUCAUCGAGCAGCAAAAGCACAGGUUGGACCAAUUGGUUAAAGACCUCAGUUCACUGAUGCUCUACAACAAGACGACUACAGCUACUGCAAACCAAAAUAAUGCUGCAGCAACAACAGCUGGUUUGGAAAGUGAGCUCGAAAGUUUAAGGGAUGCACUCCUGAAAGCCAGACUGGACACUUCACCUCCCAAAACCAAAUCCAGAUCUCCAGUCAAGAUCUCACCAGUGAAACAGUCCCAGCUACGCAACUUCCUGUCAAAGGGGCAGAUGCCUCCUGUCCGCUCAACUGCACCAGCCAACCUGUCUCGAUCCGCCUUCCUUUCACCUAAAUACUACGAGGACUUGGAUGAUGUGAGCUCUACCUCCACCAUGUCCCAGUCCCUGGACCCCAACCCGGCUCACUUGGAGCUGGAGGAGGAGGAGGAGGAACUACAGCCAGAGGCCCUCCUUGUUAUACCCCAAGCACUUGCCACCCCUCGUCACCCCACUGUCGUGAGGACCCCCUCUAUCCAGCCUGGCUUUGGAGCAAUCCAGUCUACGCCGCUAAACAAAAUUCACCAAUUACAGACUAUGGGCUUUGGACUCAGCCCUAUUGCCAGCCCUGUUCCAAGCAAUAAGAUCAACCUCAGCGGGCCUGACAGCACGGCUCUUGCCACAAAGACGGUCAAACAUGGAGCCCCAUCGGGUGAGAGGACCGGACCUGUCACCAACCCCGCCCAGCAGGCCGCAUUCACUGCUGCUCUACGCAGGCAGUAUGCCAAUCAGAAGACGGCUGUUGUCGGCGCUUCCUUGACAGAGUCCACUUUGAAGACGGUCCCUCAGGUCCUCAAUAUUCAAGAGCUCAAGGAGAAAGGGUCUCCUGUACAAGUUUCCAAUAUCAUCAGCUCCCCAGAUCCAGCAGCGCAACUCUUUGCAACAGUUUCUUCCACGCAGGCUAAACGAAAUCCUUACCAAGGCAUCCAGACGAUGUCCGCUGAAAGUACAACCACCCCACAGACAGGCUUUGUGUUCAGUCAUCCAUCCAAACCUGAUGUUUCCGCGGCUCCUGCAAGCUCAGCGGAUCAAAACAGCAGCAAAGGUUUCUCCUUUGCUUCAGGGUCCACAGGCUUCGGUUUUGCUUCAGCUGCACAGGGAGCUGGAAUAUCACAAGCAAAGGAUGUGAGUAAGUUUUCCUUUGGUGGAAAUGGAAAAAUAGGAUUCGGCCAGGCUGGAGACGAGGCAUUCUCCUUCGUCCCAAAGUCCACGUCCCCUGCUCUACGCACGGACUCGCCCACCCUGCCUCCAAACCCACCGGGAGAAGCAGCCAUACCAACCUCUACCGCAACAUCCCUCAAGGCAGAGCCACAGCCGCCUAAGACAGUUGGAGGGGAGACACUGGGCAGUUUCUCAGGACUUCGCGUGGGCCAAGGAGAAGAAGCCAAAGAUGCCUCCGCCAAACCUUCUGCUGGCUCGUUUGCCUUCGGGGACAGUGGAGUUGGGAUGGGCAAGGGAGCAGCACAGUUCAGCUUUGGUACAGGUAUCCAAAAGUCUGCAGAAGAUUCCACAGGCAGUUUGUUUAAGCCUCCUGAAUCAACUAGUAAGCCAGCUUUCGCUGUUCCCCAGUCAGGCUCAGCUCCCACAGCUUUACCUACGUCUUUCAGCAGUCUCCUUGUAGAAUCUUCAGACUCCUCAGAGGAACCAAAAGCUCCACCCCAACCAUCAGAAGCCACCCCACCCCCUGAAAGAGAAGCAGCUUCUGAACCCAUUGUAGAGAGCGCCAGUGCCCCAGAAGAACCCGACUCUGCAGGGGAGGCUGCCACAAUAGACACCACACCAGCACCAGCAGCACUAACACCCCCACCUCCUUUGGCCACAACUGCCCCUACCCCAGAACCUCCCCCCUUCAUCGCUGCCCCAGCUGAAGCCGCCCCUCCACCACCAUAUGGUGCUGUUCACACAAUCGAAGCUACAGCAGACACCACCAACGCUGCUCCUGUGUCCACUUCACCAGCUGCCACCUUCUCUGCUGUGCCGGUCCCCCAGGUUGUACCAGCAGCAUUUCAGGUUCCCUCUUCUGACAAGCCUGGCUCCAUUUUUACUCAGUCUGCUCCUGUAACAACAGACAGCCACACCAUUGGAAUCACAACAGUAAUCAACACAGUUGCCAAUACAGCCACCACUCCCACCCACACAGUUGUGAGCACUGCAACAACUACUGCUGCCACUGUCUUUGGGCAACCUGUUGCACCUCCAGCUUCCUCAGCCCCCUCAACUCCAGCAAUCACAGGAUUUGGCUCAUCUGGGUUUGGUGCAUCACCUGGAGCUAAUUUUGGCAAAACUGUAUUUGGCCAGGUGAGUGGCUUUGGCCAGCCCGCCAGUAACACUGUAGCAGCUAGUGGCUUUUCUUUUGGCCAGACAGCCUUUGGAGCGAGCUCUACCAUUGCAACCACUGGAGGAGUAGGAGGGGGAGGAGGAAGUCUUUUUGGUGCUUCUACUACAAGUACCUUCCCGUUUGGCCAAGGCGGUGCCAACACAGACAGCAACACCGGGUCGGGACCGUUUGGACAGAGCACAGCCCCAGCGUUUGGCCAGAGUUCGGGAUUUGGGCAAGGGUCUGUGUUUGGUAGUAACACCACCACGUCUUCGUCGACAGGAUUCAGCUUUGGACAGUCCUCAGGCUUUGGUUGCUCCUCUGCCGCUCCCUCGUUUGGCCAGCAACCGAGCACUGGCAGUGUGUUUGGACAGCAGCAGCAGCAGCAGCAGCAACCAUCUAGUGGGAGUGUGUUUGGUUCAGGUUCAGCCAACCCUGCAGGCCCAUCAGCUGGUGGAGGAUUCUUCAGUGGCCUGGGAGGCAAACCCACUGAGGAGGCUGCCAACAAGAACCCAUUUGGCGCUCCUCCCGCCACCGGAGGAUUUGGCCAGCCUGCUCAGACAGGUGCCAACACUCUGUUUGGGAGUAGUGGUGCCAAGGCCUUUGGUUUUGGACAGACCUCCUUUGGUGAGCAGAAACCCAGUGGGACCUUCAGCACUGGAGGAGGGAGUGUCGCAUCCCAGGGUUUUGGCUCCUUCGCUUCUCCGACAAAACCAGGUGGAUUUGGCAGCGCUCCAGUGUUUGGGAGUCCCCCUGGCUUCGGUAGUUCUCCAGCAUUUGGAGGUGCUGCGUCAUUCGGCGCCAACCCUUCAUUCAACAACAACAUGGUUUCCUCCGCUGGUAAAGUGUUUGGAGAGGGAACCACGGCCUCCAGCAUGGGAGGAUUUGGGUUUGCCUCACCUCCCCCCGCCCCGUCCUUUGGCGCUCUAGCUAAUCAGAACCCUCCGUCAUUUGGGAACUUGGCCCAGCAGGGCUCUGGGUUUGGAAUUCAGCCCAGCAGCUUCUCAGGGUUUGGACAGCAGCCACAGGCAGGAGAACAAGAAAUGAUGUGAGAAAAGUCAUACAACAUAAAAUAGUCAGACAAGCAAUGGAUUCUCUGGAAACACCUUUGGCUCUUCAAACCAAUCAAGCUCACAAACAUUUGCCAGUUGGAGAAGCUAGUUUUAUUAAACCUCCAUGAGCUACAGUACUUCCUGCAAUCAAGUCCUUUGUGCCGCACAAUGAGAGGAGAGACAGGGGAAGACUGUGGUGCAUUUUGGUUCAAGGGGUAAAUAAAGUAAAUUAGAAAAUAGUUUUACACAUAUUUUUUUUUGGACAGAAACUUAUGAAUGUUUGGAAAAAAACACAAGAUUUCAACCAGCUUGCAGAGUUUGGCUGAUUAUCUGGAUUUAAUAUUUAUUGGGAAUAAGAAAGUCAAGUAUUGAGAACUUGACAUCAAUACAAACAAGACCAGUCAGUGAGAAGUACCUGGAAAAACAGAUUCUCAGCAAUAUCUUUGACAAAUAGUCAUUUUGAUUUGACCUGUCACUGAAAGUGUAGUAACAUACAUUGAUGUAGUUCCCAUGAUUUAAGUAUCAUUGCAGUCAAUGUUCCAGUCAUACUCCUGAGUAAUGUUGCCUUCUGUUCAGCAUUUUAAAAUUGUAAUGUCUUCACUUUGACAUAUCACAAUGUACAAAGAGAAAUGUUCAGAAGUAAAACUCUAAACUGUCUUUAAUGGGAUUAUAUAGAAAGGUGUUCACAGCAUCUAAUGUUCCUCACAGUGCUAAACAGUAAUUUGUCAAAUGUACACCCAUGAAGAAUAUAUCAAAAUAGAACAUUUUGAGUCUUGCUAAAAGGAAUUGUGAUUUAAUAUAAAAAAACUAAUAUUUUUGCAGUAAGUCCUCUUUAUGUAUAUUUUUACACAAAACAAUUGGAAAUAAAUCAAAUAUCUCAAAAUGUCUCUACUCUAAACUCUCUUAGUACCACAGCUUAAUUGUGAACCGUCACAAUAACGACUCAUCGAUUAUGAGUUGUCUUUCCAGUAAAUAUGUCAUGUUAUGGUUUAAUUUUCUUGCAUAAAAAUCGAGGACUAAAGUGAACAUUGUCUAA